AUGUAGGACCCCCCUUGCUUCUACCCAGGCCCCUGGAUAUGGAACAUUUUGGCUGCAACCAACCAGGAUAAAGCCUGGGGACUAUCCUUUUCUUUUAUUGGUUAAAGAGCUAUCUCAUAUUUAACCCCCAAGAGGUUACUUUCUAAAGGGAUAUUUUGACCCCGAUCUUCCCUGUUUGGGAGAAGUGACUGUAUCUAUUUGUAUGGUUAUCCUUUUUCUUUCCUGCUGCAGUCAUUAUUCCCAGGAAUCAUCUGUAUGGGAAUAACUGUGUUGGGAUGGGGAGGGCGUGAGACGGAGAGACACAGAGAGAGGCAGGAGAGCAGAAGGCAGAGCAGCCAGAAGGGAAAGCGAGAGAGAGAAGAAAAUGAACUGGUACUGAUCCCACAGGAAAAGCCUGGGACACUCUAGGAAGAAGUGUCAAUACAUUGGGAAGGGAGGGUUUCCCUAGGCUAUAGAUACUGGUUUCACAAUGGGAAGUCCAAUAAGUGGGGUUUCUGGCGAGGGGGUUUCCCUGGACUCAGCAGAGGAGCUGGAAAUACACAGAGAAGCCAUGCAGCGGGUCCUUCACAAUCUCUCAGACCUUCCUCCUUCUUCAGAUCUGGAUCUGAUUUUCCUCAAAGGAAUCAUGGAGAGUCCAAAGGCUCAUGAAUGCUUGGAGGAGACCCGUCUGGAAGCUGUGAGAGAAAAUAAUCUGCAACUGGUACAGGAGAUUCUGCAAGAUAUGGCAGGAGUAAGAGACACAAGUGAUAUAGCAGCUGAGCUGCAGGGAAUCCUUCAAGAACCUCACUUUCAGUCCCUAUUACAGACUCACGAUUCGGUUGCUUCAAAGAAUUACGAGACACCUCCUCCCAGCCCAAUGUUGGACCCCACCCUGAGUAACCAGCCAGUCCCACCUGAUGCAGUGCGCAUGGUGGGAAUAAGAAAGAGUGCUGGAGAGCACCUGGGUGUGACAUUCCGUGUAGAAGGUGGAGAGCUUGUGAUUGCACGUAUUCUGCACGGUGGGGUCAUUGAUCAGCAGGGCCUCCUGCAUGUAGGGGAUGUGAUCAGAGAAGUGAAUGGGAGAGAAGUGGGCAGCGACCCACAGGCAUUGCAAGAGAUGCUCCGAGAGGCCAGCGGCAGCGUGGUGCUGAAAAUACUACCCAGCUAUCAGGAGCAGCAUCCUCUGCGGCAGGUGUUUGUUAAGUGUCACUUCAGUUAUGAUCCUUCCAGUGACAGUUUGAUACCCUGUAAAGAGGCUGGCUUGGCUUUCAAAGCUGGAGACCUUCUUCAGAUUGUCAAUCAAGAGGAUCCCAACUGGUGGCAGGCCUGUCUGGUGAAGGGUGGCACUGCAGGUUUGAUCCCCAGCCAGUUACUGGAGGAGAAGAGGAAAGCAUUUGUAAAACGGGAUGGGGAGCUCACUCCAAACUCCAGUGCUCUAUGUGGAAGUAUUGGUGGAAAGAAAAAGAAGAGGAUUAUGUAUGUAACGACAAAAAAUGCUGAGUUUGACCGCCACGAGUUACUGAUCUAUGAGGAGGUUGCGCGUAUGCCCCCUUUCCGUAGGAAGACUCUCAUCUUAAUCGGAGCUCAGGGUGUGGGGAGGAGAAGCUUGAAGAACAAACUGCUGACUUCUGACUCUUCAAGAUAUGGCACCACAAUCCCAUACACUUCUCGCAAGAGAAAAGAAGGAGAGUGGGAUGGCCAGUCAUAUUCCUUUGUGACCAGGUCAGAGAUGGAACAGGACAUCAAGGCUGGUCGAUAUUUGGAGCAUGGGGAGUACGAAGGAAACCUAUAUGGCACCAAAAUCAGUUCAAUCCAGGAAGUGGUGGCAUCAGGAAAAAUGUGUGUGCUGGAUGUCAACCCCCAGGCUGUGAAAGUUCUCCGGACAGCAGAAUUUGUACCUUAUGUGGUGUUCGUCGGGGCCCCAGACUUCCAGACUCUAAAAUCAAACAAUCUGUCGGCUGUGGAGGUGGGAAUUACAAACAAGCAGUUGACGGAUGCUGAGCUUCUACGCAUUGUAGAAGAGAGCGAGCGUCUCCAGCAAGCUUAUGGGCAUUACUUCGAUCUUACUUUGGUCAACUACGAUCUGGAUCAGACAUUCCAGGAACUGCAGGAGGCUCUGGAGAAGCUUAACUCUGAGCCACAGUGGGUUCCAGUCAGCUGGGUUUAUUAAACCUCAAAGUUCUCAUUUUCUCAGUUUAAUAUAUAUAUAUAUUAUAUUAUUUAUUGGUCAUGUCCUUAAUAAUUCAUAUUUGUACAGAGAUUUCACAUAAUGGUUCCUUUCCCAUUAAGCUAGAAAGAGACACAUCUGUAGAACUACAAAUCCCAGAUGACUUAACUAAGAGGAUCUUGGGGUUUGACCUAUAUAUCCACAUCUAAUUAUAUCCAUUUUUAUAUUCGUAUAUCUGGAAAUUUCUAAGUCCCCGCAAAAAGCAGGAACCUGGCAUCUUUUUGGAUGGCAGGAGAGCUAUACAUUCAAUUUUUUUACCCAUUAAAACUAUCAUUGGAUUGGCUAAUUUUGAGAAAAGUCAUGUAACUCAAAAAAAAAACACAAGACCAUUGAUUUACAGAGUUUAGGGGGAACUUCAGACCUUUCUGCUGCCUCAGGAGGCAAACUGGAUGCUUCUCUUCAAUUCCUUGAAUUCAGACUGGGCUAGGGGGGCACAGUAGUUAAAGGGGAACAGUUAUAAAAACAUAAAAGUGUCACCUAAGCCAAGGUCCUCAUUUUGCAUCAUUGCUUGUACCACAUCACAGAGAUAAUGUGUAAUUUGUAAUAAUUAACUUAUUAGAAAUAGUAUGAAAUACACAAAGGGCACCAUUUUGCAACAAACCAAAAUAUUCUUGAUGACCAUAACCAAGACACCAGGCAAAAAUGUAAAUAUUACUGUUUUUUAAGUUCAUAUUGAAUAACAGUAGAUAUAUAGGUGGUAGAACAUCCAAGCUUCAUAUCACCCAAAAGAUUCUUCAGGAUCCAAAUUAUGAGCGCAUCUCGACAGCUCAUUGGACCACAUAAGGAAGCAAAAUCAUCAGUCUUUAUCAACUGGGGCUGUUGGGAAAUUGGUAUUGGUGAUAGUUCACCUUAGUCCAAGUGUGCAAUCUGGUGGAACUUCCCUGGUCCCCAGGGCAGAGGCAAAACACUUCAGAUCAGCCUUAUUAGGAUGCACAACUGUUAGGGUUAUGUAUGACUAUAUGGGACAAUAUUGUUAUUAGGUAAUAAAUAAUGAUUUCCCAUGUAUAGAAACCUAUUGUAACCAAAAAGUAGUUGGCAUUUACUCUACACUAUAUGGCUAAAAGUAGUGGGACACCUGCCAGGAAAAAAGCAUUCCCAAGCAAUUAUUUUGUUGCUACUCUUCUGUGAAGGCUUUCUACUAGAUGUUGAAAUAUUGUUGAUGGGAUUUGCUGACAUUCCACCUCAUCACACCUAAUAAAGUUGGGCGCUGAUGUUGGGGAUCUGGUUGCAGUCAGAGUUCACAUUUAUACCACAGGGUUUCCAUUGGCUUGAAGUUUGAGCUUUGUGCAGGCCAGUCAUGUUCUUCACAGCAAAGCCAUUUGUAAUGGACCUGGUUUUGUGCAUAGGGGCAUUAUUGUGCAGGAAAAAAACCUUUUCCAAAAGGUUUCCACAGGGUAGGAAUUCAAGAUUAUCACAUUGUAGCCAUAAGAUUUGCUUUCAGUGGAAUCCAGACUUUUCCGUCAGACUUUCAAAUGGUGGAAUUACAUUUAUUAAUCCAGAGCAUUUCAACCACUUCAAAGUCUAAUGAUGGUGGACUUCACACCAUUCCAGCAGGCCCUUGCCAUUGCACAUUGUAAUGUUAUGUUUUUUUUGCCUCUAUGAAUAGUUCUUGAGCUGACAUUCCUUCGUCAGACAGGUUGAAACUUAACAACGAUUGUUCCAAUCGAGGGUGUCAUUUUCUAUAGUGUCUGGAUCCUUUAGGCCAUAUAGUGGGCUAGUGCAACUCAACAAUUGAAGAAAGCACCCAAGUAACAUCGGUGGGUUACUACCUUCAGUUUACCAAUUAACUUUAUUCAAUAUCUGUUUGUUUAGCCAUUUUAAAUCCUCCAGCUACAUUUUAGUCUAGAUUCAGAAUCUAAAAAUGGCUAAAUAUCCCUGCCACUGGUCUCGGAAUAAUCUACCUGGGUCCUACAUCUACUGUACCUGACUGUUAGUUGAACAAGACAAUGGCGUGUUCCAGUGAUAGGCAUACCUAUGUAUUUGUGUGAAUAUUUUAGAUUUUAUAUUUUCAACUGAUAUAUUUAAAGAUAACUAUACUCAAUUUAUCUGUACACAGUAUUGUUUCUGUAGGAAUGUGACUUUUGUAGUGUGGAUACUUCACUGUAGGCUUUUGAGGCCUAAUGUCAGAAAACCCAACAUGAUGUGGUUUUCUAUUCACAGCAUAGCACUGCCAGAUAUUUGUGAUAUACUAUAAGUUGACCCGAUACCUCCCAGAGUGUAAUUAGCAUUUUCUCCUUGUAGCAUUUUAUGUUGUAUAUUUCAGAUUUAAAUAAAAAGUUAUAUAUCUCUAUAUAUGAAAUGACA